UCUGUGCGAGCAGGGGCGGCGCGGCCGCGAGGGGCGGGCGGCCGGAGCAGAGGCCCCGGCGGAAGAUGGGCGGUGGGCCCUGGCUCCCGCGGCGAAGCGGUUGAGCAGGGGCAGCGGGCGGGAGGCGGGCGCCGCGGGCCGAGCCUGCGCCUUCCCCUUCCCCCGCCGGCGGAGGGGCGGUCUCGGGCCGGGGGCAGUGGCGCCGGCGUGAGGCGCCGCAGCGGCCGGGGGAGCCGGAGGAGCGCCCGCCCCGGGAGCAUGCGGCGGCGGCAGGAGGAGGAGUGAAGAGCAGUGGCGGCUCCUCCGCGCAGCUCCUCCUUCCCCCUCGCUCGGGCUGCGGUAGGACUCCGGCAGGAAAAUGGAGCCGUUCCCCAGCGUGCCUCCCCUGUCUUCUACCUCUUGCUGGCCAUGAGGCAGCAGGUGCCAUGGCUGGGGUUGGAGCUCUGUACUGAUUGACAGCUACCUUUUGGAGUGGUUAAGAUAUCGAAUUCAGUUGCCCAGGAAUAUGAUUGAAAACAGUAUGUUUGAAGAAGAGCCUGAUGUGGUUGAUCUUGCCAAAGAGCCUUGCUUACAUCCCCUGGAGCCCGAUGAAGUGGAGUAUGAACCAAGGAGCUCCCGGCUCUUGGUGCGUGGCCUUGGAGAGCAUGAAAUGGAUGAUGAUGAGGAGGAUUACGAAUCAUCAGCGAAAUUGCUGGGGAUGUCCUUUAUGAACAGAAGCUCCGGUCUCCGGAAUAACAUGGCUGGCUAUAGACAAAGUCCGGAUGGCUCCUGCUCGGUGCCCUCUACGAGAACCAUGGUGGUUUGCACAGUUGUUCUUGUGAUUGCAAUUUCAGUAAUAAUGGUGAUUUAUCUUCUUCCCAAAUGUACCUUUACCAAAGAAGGCUGUCAUAAAAAAAACCAUACAAUGGAACUAAUAUACCCUUUGGCAACUAAUGGAAAACUAUUUCCAUGGGCAAAAAUUAGGCUUCCUACUGACGUUGUACCACUGCAUUAUGAUCUUGUCUUGCAGCCAAACCUAACCACUCUGAAAUUUGCAGGUUCUGUAAAAAUAGUGGUUAACGUCAUCCAGGUAACUUGGAAGAUUGUGCUUCACAGCUCAGGACUUAAUAUCACCAAGGCAACCGUUACUUCAGCAGGAGGGAAUCAAGCAAAGCCAGUGGAAUUCCUGGAAUACCCACUGCAUGACCAGAUUGCAGUCAUGGCUCCCGAAGCUCUUCUUGUAGGACAGAAUUACACCCUCAGCAUAGAGUUUUCAUCUAAUUUAUCAGAUACCUACUAUGGUUUUUACAAAAUUUCUUAUGAGGAUGAGAAAUCUAAGCAAAGGUGGUUUGCAGCAACUCAGUUUGAGCCUCUGGCAGCAAGGUCUGCUUUUCCAUGCUUUGAUGAACCAGCAUUUAAAGCUACCUUUCUAAUCAAGAUCCAGAGAGAUGAACAACUUUCCACCCUGUCAAAUAUGCCAAAGAAAGCCACUACUCCUGUGACAAAUGGAAUUGUUCAAGAUGAGUUUUUUGUGAGUUUGAAGAUGAGUACCUACUUGGUAGCCUUCAUUGUUGCAGACUUGAAAAACAUCAGCAAGGAAACUAAUGGGACUCUGGUAUCCAUCUAUGCCAUACCACAGCAUCUAAACCAAGUUGGAUAUGCUCUAAACACAUCAGUGAAGCUUCUGGAAUUUUAUCAAAAGUACUUUUUAAUAAAUUAUCCUCUUGAAAAAUUAGAUCUCGUAGCUAUUCCUGAUUUUCAGUCAGGUGCUAUGGAAAACUGGGGCUUGAUCACCUUCCGAGAAACAACUCUCUUAUAUGACAACAAAACCUCUUCAGCAAAGGAUAAAAAGCUAAUAACUGCGGUGAUAGCUCAUGAGCUGGCCCAUCAGUGGUUCGGCAAUCUAGUAACUAUGGAGUGGUGGAACGAUCUUUGGCUGAAUGAGGGAUUUGCCACUUUCAUGGAGUACUUUGCCAUGGAGGAGAUCUUUCCAGAAUUACAUUCAGAUGAAGAUUUCCUAAAUCUAAUUUUCAAGGCUAUGAUGAAGGAUUCCUUGAACUCUUCACAUCCAAUCUCUUCCACUGUUCAGUCUUCGGAGCAGAUUGAAGAAAUGUUUGAUGCACUUUCUUAUAUAAAGGGGGCUUCACUUCUGUUGAUGCUGAAGCACUACCUCACUAAGGAUGUUUUCCAAGCUGGCAUUGAGGUAUAUCUGCAUAAUCACAGCUAUGGAUCCACCAAGAGUGAUGACUUGUGGGACAGCAUGAACGAGAUUACCAAUGGAACACUAGAUGUAAAAAAGUUAAUGAAAACAUGGAUUCUGCAUAAAGGAUUUCCUUUAGUGACUGUUGUUCGAAAAGGAAAGAACAUCUCAGUACAACAGGAGAAAUUUUUGUAUCGUGUGGAGCCAGAAAAUUGGACAUCAGAUGCAAGUUAUCUGUGGCAUAUUCCUCUCACCUAUGUGACUAAUAACUGCAACUUUACCCAUUGUACUAAUGCAUAUUUACUGGACCAAAAGUCAGCUGUCAUUGAACUUCCAGAAGAGGUGGAAUGGAUAAAAUUCAAUGUGGAAAUGAGUGGUUAUUACAUAGUACACUACACUGAAGACUGGAAAACGCUGAUUGAUCUGCUGAAAAGAAAUCACACUGCGCUGAGCGCUAAAGAUAGAGCCAAUCUGAUCAACAAUAUCUUCAGCCUUGCAGGUCUAGGAAAAGUGUCUCUGGAAAAGGCCUUUGAGCUGAUCGAUUACCUUGAGAAAGAGAGCAGCACUGCACCACUCACUCAAGCUUUAUUUCAGAUGAGUCUUAUUUACAACCUCUUAGAAAAGAAGGGUGAACAACAACUGGCAGCGCGAGUAAUGCAUAGAAUAGAAAGUCUGCUUGGAAAUAAAAUUGAUCAACAAACUUGGACUGAUGAUGGGACCCUGUCCGAACGAGAGCUGCGGUCAACACUGCUGGCUUUUGCCUGCACUCAUGAUAUGAGAAACUGUAGAACGACUGCCACUGAGAUGUUUAAGAAGUGGAUGAGUUCUAAUGGCACAAUGAGUCUUCCUAGUGAUGUUAUGAAAGCCAUAUUUGCGGCUGGAGCCAAAACUAAUGAUGGCUGGGAAUUCCUCUUAAAGAUGUACUCCUCUCCAGUUUCUGAAGCAGAAAAGAAUAAAAUGAUUGAAGCUUUGGCCAGCACAGAUGAUGUCAGAAAGCUGAUCUGGUUAAUGCAGAACAGCCUUGAGGGCGAAGUCAUCAGGGCACAGGAGCUUUCACAUAUCAUAGCAACUGUUAGCCAGAGUUUGCCUGGAUAUUUACUGGCCUGGGACUUUGUUAAAGAGAACUGGGAAAAGCUUACACGAAAGUUUCACCUAGGCUCAUACGCUAUCCAGAAUAUUGUUAGUUGGUCAACUUGUCAGUUUUCAACAAAAGCACAUCUACUUGAGGUGAAGACAUUUUUUGAGUCAAGGUCAGAGCAGAGUUCUCAACUGCAUUGUGUAAAAGAGGCAAUUGAUACAAUUCAGCUCAAUAUCCAGUGGAUGGAGAGGAACUUAGCAAAACUGCAAGAAUGGCUGUAGUGAAUGAACAUAAUGCUGUGGUUUUUCAGCCAUUCAGUAAAUUUGUGGACUGUUGCUCUGUUACUUUUGCAAAAGCCAAGGUGAAACCAGGCAUCACUGCAACAUUGUUUGCACUAUUAGGGAGUCUAGAUAGCUCAGGGCACAUCUUACAUAAGUUUUGUUUUUCCUUGGAGCAUUUAUGGGCAGGAUGUAUUUAUUCUGAAACUAUUUUCAUCUGUAGACCAAACAUCUGCAUAAAUGAUGAUAUAUAAUUUUUUAUUUGAAAUGUAUGUUCUUUCAUUUGGAGUCAUGUUCUAGUUUUUCAACAGUGGGUAAAUACUGACAGGCAAAAAAAAAAAAAAAGGAAGACUUACCAUGUGAACUGUUCGUUCUUUGUGGACUGCUGGUUGAGCAGUAGGGUUUUUAAUGCAAAAAUUAAAUAGUUUUCACAUUUGUAGAUACAGUAGCUGUUGUGAAACAAAAUCAUACUUUAAAUAUGUAAGUAUUAAUGGAUCUCAUAAGGUACACCAGUUUGAGGGGAAAUAAGUUUCAGAUUUGCUUGAAAUUUUGAUUUUCAAAGUGUUCUGCAGAAUUUACACAAAUCAUAAGAAAGAGUAAUAUAACAUUCUAAUAAUAUGCACUUUCAUUUGUAAUGUGGCUCAGUAUUAAUAUUACAUAUGAAAAAGCAAAAAACCAAACGGCAAAAACAAAAAUUUUAGAGAUGGGAGUUCCAGAAGCACCUAUGUGACCGUGGAAUUUUUACUCUGAAUUCAUUAGACGUUUUUGAGACUCGUAUCUUUAAUCAUUAGAUUGUAAUUAAUGUUGCUGAAUUGAUCUCUUUGAGCAACAGCAGAAGCUUGCUAUGGGAAGUUGUUCCUGGCUGGUUCAUCUGUUAGACUGACUACUGACGCGUCCACUCUUGACUACUGAUUUUUUAUUUCAUCACUUGUUGCAGAGAGCCUGCAGUUAGUAGAUGUGUAUCAGCCACUUAAUUUAGGUAAGCUUCUGCUUUUUCCCCUGCCUGUUACCUCCCAUGUCACUAGUAUAAUUUGCGUGCAUUGCUUAUUUUGUAUAACAUAGCCUUAGGAAAAUUUAUCAUUUAGAUUUUGACAGUAUAUUCUUCUACUGUUGUGAAAAACCCCAGGGGACAAGUCUUCAAACUGCUCUAAAGAAACAGGUCUAAAACCAGAGGUGCCACUUUAAAAAGGAAAAAAUAUCUACAGUACAAUCUGCCUCUCUAAAACAGUUAACAAGGCCAUUUCUGAGACAUAGCAUCUACAUAUAACCUAUGCAAGAAUAAACAUACGUGUUUAUCUGAAGAUCUGAUCUUUUUUAAAUGUUCAUUUCACUACAGGUGCACCUUUUGUGGAUAUAUGCACACAUUUAAACCUGUUUUACCUUAUCACAGUUCAAUUAUGUGGUCAGUUUUAAACUAGUAUAAAAGCUCUGACAAUUAAAAGUUGAGCUUUUUGAACUAGGUAGAUUUAAUUUCAGCCAUUGUAAAUUCUGAAGAAGGCAGUCGUUUGAAUCAAAGUUAAAUUAUUGGACUUAACAAUUUGCCAGAGGGUAACUUAAAUGGUGUAAUUUCAUUUAUGAAACUGCAACAUUGGCUAUUGAUUUGAUUAGCAAAAAUUGUCAGCUAUGAUCACUUAAGCGAUGCUACACUAUUCCCUUCUUUUCUGAAUAUCUGUCAGAAGUCCUGGGAAACAAAAAUUUCUCAAUUUGUCACCAGCUUUCAUUUUGAUGACUUUGUCACAUAAUCAUCAGAAAGAAUGUUAGACCUUGAGAGUGACUUGUUUGCCAAAAAGGUCCAGAAAUGAACACAUUUUGCAUGCACUGAAGAAGGAAUUGGCUGUAUAAGUGCUGAAAGUAGAUCAUACUUCCUUAGCAGUUACGGAAUUAGAAUUUUAGUUAAUUUUCUUCGUUCUUGGAUUAUUUGUACCAACUGCCAUGUGUUGUGCUUUUUUUUCCUUUUUUUUUAAACCCUUGAACUCUCUGCAGAGCUAUCUUAGUUCCAUCUUUGUGUGUGUGUGUGCGCAUAGUUUGUGUAUAUUUUUCUUUACAGUCACUUCAUACCAAAUGACAGUAGUAAACUUGCACUUUCCUAUCUCCUUACACGUUUUACCUCAUCCCUGCCUGCAGUACUGAGGUAUGUACAUUUCAAAGAUAGACUGGAGAAAGAUCUCAUCCUCCUCAUGUUUUCAACUGUGGGAUUUAAAAAUGUACCAUUUUGUUCAAAAGCUUUAUUGUUAAUGACCUCUUAGCGAAGAAAUUACAUGCAGCUGAGUUUUAGACAGCAGAUACUGAAAAAUGUUUUGAAAUUUGGGAGGUUUGGGUAUGUGUUUUUGUUGUUUGUUUUUUAAUCCAGGAAUUUUUAAGUAACCGUUUUGGUAUAUAAAUGAUGUUGCAGUCUUUUCAGUAUCAGCUGCAGAGGACUUUUUAAUUAUUUUUCUGCCAUGGAGUCUCUGAACUUCUAAUUCUCUGUAUUAAGGGUUAUGUUGGAGUCUUUCUUCCAUGAGAAAUGCUUAGAUAUACUCCUCCGCUUUUGAGUUCAUUAUCAACUGAGGAGGACCGAGGCUUAGGCUAAGGCCUAAGCAAUGAAUUGCCCUUUAGAGCCAUAUCUGUCAUGCCUUUUAGUGGGAAGGAAUGAAAUCUUACCAGGUUUUUUUAGGUUUUCUCUGUCUUCCAGUCAAAAGAAAAAUAUAUAUUGUGGCCAACAGCACCUCUUUACGUAAUUUCCAUAGUAUUUUCUAGUUAAAACUUAUAGAACCAGUGUUUGCGUACAUCUUAGGCCACUGUUACUUUAAAGUAGAAGAGCUUUCAUGUAAAAAGCUUUGGGUUUAGAUGCUGCUAGCUUUGAAUCACCUGCUGCAAUGUGAUAUGAUUUCGGUUAAUAAUUUGGAGCUAUACAGUUUGUAUUCAGUCAGACUUCAUAAAUUACUGUCUUCAAAGCCAUUAUGCACUGGUUGUCUUGUUACUGUCCAGCAUCCUCUGUUUAUAAAUAAACCACUUGUAAUUUUUAAGAACUGACUGUGGUGAUAAAUAUACAUGUACUAGCUCAUCUAUUUUUCACCUCUGUGCAACUUUUUCACUCUUUCCUAUGUGAAAUUAGCCUACCAGAAAAAAUGUAAGCAAGUAAUUGAGUUCUGAGCUUUGUCCCUGGAAAAAGGAGUGACCUCUCCACCAACUCACCUUUAAUUUUUAUUAAGAGAUGGAAACAGUGCAGAUAACAUGUUCUCAACUUGUAUGAGACUUCUGAGACAUGAAAGGUUGAUGACGUGGAGUGAAGGAGUUUAGAAUAGGUUAUGUAUUUCUAUGUAAACUGACAGUACCUGUAUACUGGUUGGACCAAUGUACCAAGGUCAUUGUGCCUUAUGGCUUAUAAUGAAAGUGAUAUGCCAGAUAGUAUGCUAGAAUAAGCAUCCUACUUUUCUGAAAGAGCCACCUGAGGUCUUGUUCAUAAAUUGACAAGUCUAACAUUUCUAGCUCAAAGAUGUUAUUCAGGAUGUUUGUCCUUAGAGGUUGGAGACUUUGCUUCUCAGAUCAUGUGAAGCUGUUUAGCUCCCUGCUAAUGGGAAAGCAGAAUAGAGUUGCUUAUGGGGCUUUCUUGUCAUACAGAUAGUUCCUUGUGUAUGUGAAUCUGUGUUGAUGGAUGGGGCAUGGCAGAAGGAGAAUACUGAGCAAUGUCGGCUUUCCUUGCUUCCUAUAAAUAUGAUGUAAACUGUACUUCAGCAUAGAUCUUCCAAUUACUGAACUACUGAAGCAAGACUAUGUAAGCUUUCCAGAAAUGUUGCAUCUCCUCCCAGGCACUGAAUUGCUGUCAAGCUGAUUCUUUUUAAAUUAAUCUUGAAAUUUUCGUACUUGCCAAUCUAGGAGAGAUGUGAGUAUGGGCUUGUUUGCUAGAGACCUUGUUUGGACUGUGGACUGUCAUGUAGUAUUGUCCAGUUUAGCAGUUAGAAGGCAUAGGAAGAUGAUGUUUGCCAUAGAAUUGAAAACUCCGGAGAUCUUGCAGCAUCUAAGAUGGUUAAUUUUGAACAUAUAUUGUAAGAAUGAGCUACAAGAAACCUAAUCUUGGAACUAAUUGUUUUCUCUUGGUGGCCAAGUACUGUAGGAAGGGGUUUCAUUUUGUUUGCGUGGCGGGGGGUGUUGGGUGGUGCAAAUACUGCUUUGUGACUCCAUAACUUUCACCUGUUCACCAUUUGGUGGAACAUUCCUUUUUCUGACAAAUUGGAUCUUCCUUCCUUUGCUUUGCUGGAAGAUGUUAUCUUUCGUUGCACUCUGAAGUUUAAAAUAGUGCUGCUUCAGUAACCAUUCUCACUUACAGGCACUUGAUUCAUUCAGUCAUUUGCAUUUUAGCUUUUCCCGUGUGUUCCUGAAUCGUGUGUCAUGUAGUCCAGUCAGUUCACCACAUGGUAAAUGUUUUACAUGUAGAAUAAAGUGCUUGUGUAAACUUAUUUUUAAUAGUAAUGUUAUUUAUGUUUAUCACUUUUAUCGAGAUGCUACUAAAUGUUCAAAGAUUUUUGUUACUUUUUUAAGGCAUGGUUUCACAGGAUUUCUAGAAAAAAAUAAAAUGACAUUAUUUACCACAUUAAACUCUCAGGUCAUAUUGCUAAAGAAUUUAAAUCUCUAGUUUUGCUAUGUUACUUAAACCUGCUGCUGUUGUAGAAAUACAGAGUUUUAUAUGAGUAUUUAGCUUUGAUCAAGAUUGAGAGAUAGGCAUCUUUUUUGAAUUAGUCGUGGUGGUAUUUAACAAAUUACUGUAAAAUCUCAAAUAUCUAGUUUUAUAAAAAUAUACUAGCUUGAAUGGAUUAAAAUAUGGUCUAAUUUGAACUGAAUUCUUAAAAAUGAAGUACAGAUUUUCUAUUCCAAGGAUUGGAGAAUGGGGUAGUUUGAAUAUAUAGUACAAAAUAAAUAAUUUUUUUGCAGUGAAAAAUGAGCCCUGUCUUAAUUAAGUGUAGGUGAAGUUAGGUAUCCCUGAAGAAAACCUUGCAAGUUAAUUUGGAAAUGUUACAUAUUGUAGGUACUUGUAAAGGGUCACGCUUUGCAUUUUAAGCACUGUAGAAAUAUUCAAGACGAUGUAAACUCACAUGUGUCUGAAUGGUGGGUGGUGAAAUUCCAGGUUGUAAAAUACUUGCCUUUAGGGGGAGGGGUUUUGAAUGUUGUGUGUGUGUACAUAGCUAUAUAAAUAUGUAUGUAUAUAUAUAAUAAGCAAAUGUGUCCAUUUCACUUGUAAAGGGAGAAGAAGCUUAUUUUCUUUAUAUUUCAAAGAAAUAUAACCAGCACUGAUUUGAAAGGCAUGUGUAUUGCAAACACUAUGGCUUUUUGUGAGAUGGAAAUAAAGUAUUUAAAUAUAA